UUUUUCAUAUAUGGAAUCUAGAUGUUCUUCCAUAAUUAUUUCUUUCUUUCCAGAUUUAAUUUAAAUUUUAAAAUUAAAUAUUGAUUUGUUUUUUUGAUGACAUAUAUGAUCUAUAAAAAAAUUCCGAAAAUGGUUCAAACAUAUAUAUUUAUUUACACAUAUGAAGAACACUUGUUAUUAUAUGAAUAAAAUUGAUAUUCACAAGUAAUUUGACUUGAAAAAGUGGAAUUCCUCAUUCCAUCACCUGAAUAUUUUAAAUAAUAUCCUAAGCAAAAAUUUGAUUCUGAAACAUGUUUUCAGCAGGGUUGAUUAUCAGCCCUGUCAAAAUUUUCAAAAAAAUUGUUUCAAUCCAUGUACAGAGCUAAGACUUUUUUUUUCUAGUUUUUACUUAUAGUGAUUGGACAAGCUAAAUUUUAUUUUCUAUGGUUUAGAUAUUAUGCUAUACAUAUAUUGUCAAUUUGAAUCAAACACUACCAUGUUUACAUAAUAAUUGCUUCAAUUGAUCUUUGAAAGCCAUAGCUAUUGAAGUCUUGAAAAUUUUCAUUUUUUUCAGAUUUUAUUGAUAAUAGAGUUACAAUAUUCAACAUAGACUAAAUGUCCAAUUUUGUUUUUAUAGCUUUCAGUUAAUUAGUGCAGUACAGGUUUUCAAAAUUGUCUCGUGAAUGCUUUUUUAAUGUCUAACCUGAUGCUACAUAUGAUUUUUAAAAAAUAAAACUACGCGCUAGUUUUAUAUGCCAUAUAAACAGACAGAUAUUGAAUUGCAAAUAUAGUGGAUACUUAUUGCGUUCAAAAAUUAACACCACUUGCAUGAAAUAAAUGUAUCCGUACAUUAUAAUACCAAAAAACAUUAACUAAAAAUCAACAAUAAUAAAUUUUUCUUAUACAAUAAAGAAUGCAUUUAUAUUAUGAAAUAUUUCGGUUCUAGAAUGUAUAUAUAUAAAUAUAUAAAUAUAUUAUAUAUAUAUAUAUAUUCUAAAAUUAUAUUCUAAAGAAUAUUAAUAAUUUUUAAUAAGGAAAUUUUCUUUUGAUAAUUGUGAAAUCAGUAUAGUACAUGUUACUAAUAUCAAAAUCACAUCUCGAAAACAAGAGGAUUUUAAAACAAUUUUAUGAAAUCAUGUUGUAAACUUGAUGAUGUACUCAUUAAUAAUACAGGGAUUUGCCUUCUUUUUUUCUUUUCUUUUUUUAAUAAGAUCAUCUAUUAAGUUUUUUCGUGUUUUUUGUUGUAACGAUAUUCAAUUACAUCUGUUCGGGUGUUGUAUGAUUUCGUCAUCAUACUUUAACAAUACUCAACUAUUUAGAAACCAAAUCAUCAGAGAAAUAUAUGUGAACUUGAUUGAAUCAAAAAACUCUUUAUUUAUCCAUCAGAAUAUGAAAAUGAUUGGGGACCAUCAAACACUUGUAUAAUUUCUUAGAAUGAAAAAACAAAUAAAAAAAUUGCUCGAUAACACAAGGAUUACACUCACGGACAACAGCACAAUGUAACAAGUUCAUGGAUUGAAUGUCACUCACACUAGAGUUUCUUUCAUUAAAAGUUAAAGAGAUUGUUGAAUAUUUCAACAAAAAUGUCUCCAAAACCAACUAUACACAAAAAUACAAAGCUUCCUUUAACUAUAUUUUACACAGAAAAGUUUCAAAUUAAAAACGGGAAGAUAUGUUCUGCAAGUAACAACCAUAUUGAUAAAAACGAUUCUCCCUACAUGGUUGAAGUUUUGAAUGCAAACAGAAUAUCCUCAAUUGACAGAAAAGGAACUCUUGCAACUAGAAAGAUCACAAAUGUGGGAUCUCAACUUCCAAAAGAAAUUGUAGCUGUAGUGAGGGCAAGACUAUCAAACCCAUAUGAAACAAAAGAGUCUUGUGUAACAAAUGUAGUUGAUAAAUCAUUGGCAAUGCAUUUAGAGGUGAAAGUUUUGGACUUUGUGUUGGAUGAAACAAGUGUGACAAAAAUGGAUGAAGAAGCAAGAGUUAUAUACAACAAAAUUGCUAUGUCAUGUGACAAGCAACGAAUGCAAGGUUUAUAUUGUUUCAAUACAAAAGGCAAUCAAUUGGAGCACUUAUUGACUCAGAUGGGAACUUAUAUGUUUCAUUUUUCACUUAUUGGCACAAAAUAUGGUGAUGUCCCCGCUACAGUUUUACAUGUGAAUAUAGCUCCACACAACACCUUAAUACCAAAACAUCAUGUUCCACAAGUGUUACCCAGAAAGAAAGAUUUUGCAAAAAGGCUUGAUAUUAGCUCACAAAGCAAUAAAAAUGAUGAGGUUAAGAAUGAGGUUGAAAAUAAUGAUGACAAUCAUCUUCAUCCUGAUAAAACCAUUAUUCAUGUAACUACUUUAGAUGAAUUGGUACAAGUGAACACAUGGUUUGCAAUUGCCAUAUUUCUCGGCUAUGCAUUCAGUCCUCCUCUUCCUGCAAUGCAAGUCUCUACUUCCCUUGCUCCUCCGAGGCCGGAUUGCUAUGUUACCAUUGACGUUUACCGGAAUGUUGUAUUUUGGGAGAUUAUUUCUUUUGGGUUCUUUCUUUUCUCUACCAUGGUUGCACAUGGUUUCAAACUAUUACUUGUACUUGGCAAUGCACAACAAAGCAUUGAAAAUACAAAGACUGCUCUGGUGAAUUUGAAGUUCUUGCAAUUUGGGAUUUGGACAUGUUUAAUAGGUACAAUUAUUGGUUCAAUUUUCAUGAUAAUUUCAUUAAUUUAUUUUGUUCAAGUGAGAUUAGGUAGCAUUACAUGUGGCAAUCCAUGGGCACUCACAUGUGUGAUAAUACCCAGUGUUCUAGGUUUCUCAGGAGUACUUGUUUUCUCCUACACAUUGGUUUUAGAGUCAUUGCUUAAUAAAUAAAUGACAAAAUCUUAAGUUUUCAAAUGAAUAUACGAAAAUGAAUAUCAUUAAUAAAAUGUUUAAGCCACUGAAUCAAAUAUAUAAUGAAGAAAAAUUCACUAUUUGUAUCAA